AGCAAAGUCAGGUGACAGAGGACUGUGAUGAUGGCGGCGCUCCGGGGAGCUGGGAAGAUGGUCUGCGGUGCGGUCCUCUUCCUGCUGCUGGUGUCAGUCCGGGGAUCCGAGGAUAAAGAUGACAAGGAGGAAAAGAAGUCGGAGGACGUGCGCUGUAAGUGUAUCUGUCCGCCGUACAAAGACAAACCUGGCAGAAUCUUCAACACCAACGUGACGCAGAAAGAUUGUGAUUGUCUCCAUGUUGUCACCCCCAUGCCGGUCCCGGGUGCGGACGUGGAGGCGUACUGCCUGCGCUGCGAGUGCAAAUAUGAAGAGCGGAGCUCCGUCACCAUCAAGGUGACGAUUAUCAUCUACCUGUCCAUCCUGGGCCUCCUCCUGCUCUACAUGGUGUACCUGACCCUGGUGGAGCCCAUUCUGAAGAGACGUCUGUUCGGCCAUUCUCAGCUCAUACAGAGUGAGGACGAUGUCGGGGAUCACCAGCCUUUCGCCAACGCCCACGACGUCCUCGCGCGAUCCAGAAGCCGCGCCAACGUAUUAAACAAAGUGGAAUACGCCCAGCAGCGCUGGAAGCUGCAAGUGCAGGAACAGCGCAAGUCUGUGUUCGACCGCCACGUGGUGCUGAGCUAAGGCGGAGCCCCGUAGAGGAAGCCGCCGCCGCCGUUCCCA